AUGCAAGAUUUCAAAAGAACUAAACUUGAGACUUCUUGUAUGAAAUUUAAAGCCAAUUUAAUUAGAUAAUUCAUAAAGAACAGAAGAUUUCUCAAUCAUCAAUGGGCCAACUGGUACAAUCAAGUAAAGUGAUCAUAAAUUUGAUGAAUAAGCUAGUGAAACAUCAGAAUAUUAAGAAAAGUAAAAUUUACUCCUUCAUCUAGUAAAUCAUCUUCUUUAAAAUAACCCUUACCUAUAAUUCAAUAAGACAUCGAAAAGUCAGAGUAUGAAUCACAAAUAGUAGAAUCUUUAGGAGAUUCAUAUCCUGGAUCUGAAAUUAAAGCACUUAUUGAAUAAAAAAAGUAAAGAGAUCAUAAACCUGUAUAAUAAUAUAUUUUUAAAUUUAGAUUUAUUUGAAUAUUAUGGUUGUUGGUUAAUCAGGAUUAGGAAAAUCAACUUUCAUUGAUGUUAUACUAAAAAAAAAGUUUCGAACUGGUUAAAUUUUAAGAGAUUCUACUCUUCAAAUAUAGGAAAUAUAAGGUAUUCAUUCUUUUAAAAACAAAGGUCAAAUAACUGCAAAUGAUUUCACUUUGAAUAUUAAAUUUAUUGACACUCCUGGAUUCAGACAUUAAUAUAGUUUAAGAUCUUGGCUGAAAUUAUUAUGUGGACAUAUUAGGAGUUAAUUUAAUUCUUACUAGCAAAGAUAAAAUCUAUAAUAUGAAAGCAAAGAGAAAUUUUAGUAAUUAUCAUAAUAAGACUUGGAUGAAAGAGUACAUGUAUGUUUUUACUUUUUCUCUGGACCUAGAAUUUAAACUGAGGAUUUAUAAGCACUUAAGAAGAUAAGUGGAUUAGUAAAUGUAAUUCCCAUUUUAGCCAAAGGAGACUCUUAUACUAAAAAUGAGAUUAUCUAACUUAAAUAACAGUUUAAUGAUUUGAUAAAUGAAUAUCAUAUUGAUUUGUUUAAAUGCUAAUGCAAUAAUAAUUUCAAUGAGAGAAGUCAAUUUGGAUCUACACCUCCUUAUGUAAUUAUAAGUUCGGUAGAAUAAUUUCAAGUAGGAAAUCAUCUUAUAUAUGGAAGGUAAUGAUUGAUUUAUUGAAUUUAGAAAAUUUCCAUGGGGAAUCUGCGAUAUCUUCAAUCCUUAACAUUCAGAUUUAGCAAUAUUAUAUAAAUCUUUAAUUGGCCAUUAUUGUUUAGAAUUGAUUCGAUUAACAGAUUUCUUAUAUAAUAAUUAAGUAUAAAAAGAGAAAUAGAAAAUGAAAAUGAAAUAAUAAAAUAAAACAUGGUUAGCUAAUUUGAUAAGCUAUAUAUUUAAUCUAUGA